AUGGUUGGAAACCAGAAAACUGAAGUCACCUUUAUGAUCUACGACGGUGGUGACGGCGUCGACGUGCCCAUCCUAGCAUACGCCGCCGACAACGAUACCCUGCUCUUCCAAAUCCAGUAUCACCCCUCCGCGGCCGCGUCCAACCUCGCAGCCCGGACUUCAGGAACUCAGGCUAACCAGUCCCAUGCCCCGUUCUUUGCUGCGAACGGGGCUGGUAUCAAGCUGAGCAUGCAAAGUGUCGUCGACCGGAAGAGGCCCUCGGCUUUCCAGGCCGACGCGACUGGUAGCUCCAAGGCCGUGGUGAAUGACUGGUUUCAUAAAAGGAAAGAAGUCACGUAUGUCGGGUACGAGGAGGUCUUCAUCACUGACAACGGAUUGGGCGGCGCCGUCCUCUGCUAUGUGAGUCGUCCGAAACUUGGCCUUCUGCCUCUCGACACCGACUUCCUAUAG